UGUCGCCCAGCGCAGCAGAUGCUUCGUGUACGUGCUGUUUUGACAGUGCGCAUUGAAGCCCAGACAAAGGUGCAGACAGCAUGGGGCUUCUCGCUGUCACUGUCACCCGAUUUCAGAAUCGGGUACGGUCAGUUCGGCCGUGGGGUCGUGACUUCACGUCCAUUUCUGCAACUUUUCGCGAUGGUGAAGGUCUCGCUCUGAAGUCAUCACUGAUCCAAAGGAAAUGUGCUGGACUUCACCAAAACAAAUUCCUGUUUGUCCGUUUACUCAACUCAGGCAAACCACCCAGAGGGUUUGAAAAGUUCUUCCCAAAGAGCGAAGAGGCCGCUGGCGCCAACACGUCAUCUGAGGAUGCUAAAAGCAAAGACCAACAAUCUUGUAGGAAGCAGCAAAGAGAAAUAAAAAAAGUAAGUGAUGAAGGACAAAGAGGUGAAAAAAAGGACGAAGAAUCAGAUUGGUGGGAACGUUUUCAGGAACGUUUUCCAAUGGACAAAAAAGCCGUACGGAACUUCGCAAUUGGUGCAGCUGGCAUGGCCUCUGCAUUUUUCUACUUUUACUUCCGCGAGACCGGCUUUCAGAUCUCCUGGAAGGACUUUGUGCAUCACUACUUGAGGAAAGGCUUAGUUGAUCACCUGGAAGUUGUCAAUAAACAAUAUGUCAAAGUCAUUCCCGCCCGUGGUGUUAACACAUCAGAUGUGAGUUAUCUGUGGUUCAAUAUUGGCAGUGUGGACUCAUUUGAGCAUAACCUGGAAGUAGCUCAAGAGGAACUGGGUGUAGAUUCCACGUGUAAAAUACCUGUCUUAUAUACCAGUGAGAGUGACGGGACGCUCUUGUAUAGUGUUCUCCCAACCUUAGUCCUGGUCAGCUUCUUGCUGCUGGCAAGACCUCGCGGGGGUAGAGGAAGAGCAAACCUCUUCAGCAUGGGACAGUCCAAAGCCAAACUAAUCAAAGGCGAUGUUGGCGUUCGCUUCGAGGAUGUCGCAGGCUGCGAGGAAGCCAAACUGGAGAUUUUGGAGUUUGUCAACUUCCUGAAGAACCCUCGGCAGUACCAGGAACUCGGAGCCAAGAUCCCUAAAGGUGCAAUAUUGUCAGGUCCGCCCGGAACAGGGAAGACCUUGCUAGCUAAGGCCACCGCAGGAGAAGCUCAUGUUCCUUUCAUCACUGUCAGUGGCUCGGAGUUCCAGGAAAUGUUUGUUGGAGUGGGCGCUGCCAGGAUCCGGGACAUGUUUGCCAUGGCGCGAAAAAAUGCCCCCUGCAUCCUUUUUAUUGAUGAGAUUGAUGCGGUUGGAAGAAAGCGGGGCCGGGGAAACUUUGGGGACCACAGUGAACAAGAAAACACACUCAAUCAGUUGCUUGUGGAAAUGGAUGGAUUCAAGAGCAGCUCCAAUGUGAUUGUUUUGGCCGGGACCAAUCGAGCUGAUAUCCUGGAUCCGGCUCUGAUGAGGCCGGGACGUUUUGAUCGACACAUUCACAUUGGCCCACCAGAUAUUAAAGGCAGAGCUUCCAUCUUUAAGGUGCACCUGAGACCUUUAAAGUUGGCCCCAAGUAUACAAGUUGAGGCUUUAGCCAGAAAGUUAGCUGCACUAACUCCAGGAUUUACAGGAGCUGACAUCGCCAUUGUUUGUAACGAGGCUGCAUUGAUAGCAGCACGCCAUUUAAACCAACAUAUAAGCACAAUGCACUUUGAACAGGCGGUUGAAAGGGUCAUUGGAGGUCUGGAGAAAAAGUCUCAGGUACUGCAGCUUCCAGAGCGAACCACUGUGGCCUAUCAUGAGGCUGGGCACGCUGUCACUGGCUGGUUUUUAGAACAUGCUGACCCGCUAUUGAAGGUAUCUAUUGUUCCUAGAGGUAAGGGGUUGGGCUACGCUCAGUAUCUCCCCAAGGAGCAGCACCUCUUCACACAAGAGCAGCUCUUUGAUAGAAUGUGCAUGAUGCUCGGCGGUCGAGUGGCCGAACAAGUUUUCUUUCGUCGGAUCACCACGGGGGCGCACGAUGACCUUCGGAAGGUCACGCAGUCAGCCUACGCGCAGGUGGUACAGUUUGGAAUGAGCAAGGCGGUGGGUCAGGUGUCUUUUGAGCUCCCACAGCAGGGUCACGUGCUGACCGAGAAGCCCUUCGGCGAGCUCACAGCCCAACUCAUCGACGAGGAGGUCCGUCUGCUCAUCGACUCCGCCUUCCAGCGAACGCUGCAGCUUGUCAAGGAGAAAAAAGAAAUGGUGGACAAGGUGGCAAAACAUCUCCUGGAAAGAGAGAUUCUGGAGAAGGCCGACAUGGUGGAGCUGCUGGGGCCGCGUCCUUUUCAAGAAAAAUCCACGUAUGAGGAGUUUGUAGAGGAACUCGGGGACCUGGAGGAGGAGACCUCCCUACCAGAGGGCCUGAAGAACUGGAAUAGAAACACGUGACAAAAACACUCGCCGAAGGAACAAAACCAAUCCGCUGUUGAUAUAAUGCAGGGUCAAGGAAGAUGACCAUCUGAUUUCAGGUGACCUUUCUUGGCAAUUAUGUCAUAUGCAAUUGAUUUAUUGAAGUCACUGAAAUCCAAGGUGGGAUUUCAAGACUAAUUGUAGCCAAAUAUCUUCUAUUGUUGUUGUUGUUCACCAAGUGCACUAAAUAAGAUAUAAUCAUCAACUCUAUUAGAUCGUGUUUGCAUAUCAUUUUAAGUGUCAUUUUAUAAGCUAUAUAAGAAUAUUCAUCAAUUCACAGAUCAGAUAUUGUGCACUGAUGAAGCGCUGAAUUUUACUACAUGAAAAAUUGAAGAGCAUAUUGCAAGCGCAUUUUGAAGUGAUGGAAGUUGAAGUGUUAUUGGAAUAGGCAAACAAACAUGUUACUGAAUAACAGAACAUAAAUUGACCACAACUCUCGGCUAAAUUGGUAAGGUACAAUGUAGCACUGGUUGACAGUAUUACCAAUGAAUCAAUGUUUAAAAAAUAUUUUCAGAUUAAAUGAUUAUGUUUCUCAA